UUUGCCUGAGAAGUUUAGGUGGAAAAACAAAACAAAACAAAGCUCUGAGUAGCGAAACGGAGAUAAAAAUAAACAGGCGGGAGAAAAAGGAAGGCGGCAACAUCUCGUAGUUCUGUUUGGAGGUGAAAAUAAUAAUUAAAAAGAAAACAGGCAAUGGAGAAGACGGGAGGGGUCCUUGGCGGUGUGGAAAACGCGCGCCAAGUUUCCUUUUCUUUCUGAGGGACAUUAAUACCGAAGCGGCGGUCGGAGGAGGAGGAUGUAGCCGGUGAGGAGGGGUCCCUGGCCUUUCUGGCGAGGAACGGGGCUGGAAGAAAAUGCCCGGCGUCGUCUUGCCCAGCGACAGCGAUGGACUCCCCAGAGGCUCCCCGGCCGCCACCACGAAGAAGGGCAGGCUGUCGCUGAAGUUCUUCCAGAAAAGGGAGACCAAAAGAGCCCUGGAUUUUGCAGAGUCGCCGGAAAACGAGCAGAAGGCUUCGGAACAUGACGAGAGCCCCGUGAUCGAGCAGAUAGUUCCUGCAGCACAGCCACUUCCACCUGUUUGCUGUGAGAAGAAAGACAUCAUGCUGCCUUUUGUGGGCUUGAACAAUCUUGGCAACACUUGUUACCUUAACAGUAUACUCCAGGUGCUCUAUUUUUGCCCCGGCUUUAAAACUGGAGUGAAAAAGUUAUUUAAUGUAAUUUCCAAAAAGAAGGAAAGCUUAAAGGAAGAAAUUGAUAAGGGGACCAUUAAAGAAGAUUCUCUCGCAAGCUAUGAUUUGGUCUGCAGUUUACACUCCCUGAUCAUUUCAGUAGAACAGCUUCAGGCCAGUUUUCUUUUAAGUCCAGAUAAAUACACAGAGGACCUUGCUACUCAGCCAAGAAGGCUCCUAAACACACUAAGGGAGCUCAAUCCCAUGUAUGAGGGAUAUUUGCAGCACGAUGCCCAAGAAGUAUUGCAGUGUAUAUUGGGGCAUAUCCAAGGAACGUGUCAGUUCUUAAAGGACAAACUCAAAUACAAAUCAGUGCAAGAGCCCACAACUGAACUUGAAAAAAAAUCAAAUCAGAAUAGUGACAGUGCUAGUAUUGUUGAAGAGGAUAGAAAUGUGCUUGAUGAUCAAAUGAAAAAGGACUGUGAAGAUAAAACUAAAGGAAGUGUGAAGAGAAAAAGUGAUGAUAUUGAAGGGGGCAAUGAAAAGAAAAAGUCCAGGGUAUCCAGAGAGAAAAAUGGAGGUGAAGAAAAUCUAAGACAGACUCGAUCGAAGAGAAAAGCACUAGAAGAAAAACUGGAAACUCAUCCUGAAGCUGUAAUUAAGGAAAUGAAAAUUCAAAGUGAAAAUGAAACUACCAAGCCAAUCCAUAAAAAAUCAAGGCUUAGGUUAAACUGGUUAAUAUCUUCAAGCAACCAGCCUAGUAUUUUGUCUAAGUUCUGUAGUCUUGGAAAGUUGGCAACAAACUUUGGGUUCAAAGAUCCCAUCAAAGAAAUGGAUAACUGUCAGUUUACAGACACUUCUGUCAAGUGUGAAAAGAGUAUCCAGUCAAAGGAACAAUAUUAUGAAUCAUCGUCUCCCAAGGAAAGCACUGUGGAAAAGGGAACUGAAGAACAACUCAAGAAAGAGUUGGCUGACUUUGAUUUAGUCGAGAGACUCUUCCAGGGCCAGUUGGUAUUGCGAACAAGAUGUUUAGAGUGUGAAUGUUUCACUGAGAGGAGAGAAGACUUUCAGGAUAUCAGUGUACCUGUACAAAAAGAUGAACUGUCCAAAGUGGAAGAGAAUUCUGAAAUUUCCCCAGAUCCCAAAACAGAAGUGAAAACACUGAAGUGGGCAAUUUCACAGUUUGCUUCUGUGGAGAGGAUUGUGGGAGAAGAUAAAUAUUUUUGUGAAAAUUGUCGUCAUUACACAGAAGCUGAACGUAGUCUUCUUUUUGAUAAAAUGCCUGAAGUUAUAACAAUCCAUUUGAAGUGCUUUGCUGCUAGUGGACUAGAGUUUGAAUGUUACGGCGGACUCUCCAAGAUAAAUACACCUUUACAGACGCCUCUCAAGCUGUCCUUGGAUGACUGGAGCAUAAACCCAGCCAAUGAAACCUAUGGAUUAUUUGCCGUAGUGAUGCACAGCGGCAUUACUAUCAGCAGUGGGCACUACACAGCUUCUGUUAAAAUUACAGAUCUAGACAGUUUAGAGCUAGACAAGGAUAAUUUCAUCGUUGAUGCUCUUGGUAAAAUUUGCCCAGAAACAUUGAAUGACCAAGACGCAAGAACUGUCACAGAGGACUAUGAUGAUGGUGAGGUCUCCUUUAGAGUUGGUGGAAAUGCACAACCUAAUAAAGGACUGAACAAAAAGAAUACAGAAGCUGUGGGGCUUCUUGGAGGACAAAAAAGCAAGUACAUCUGUGACUUGCCCACUAACAAAGCAAGCCAUUCUGAGAAGAUGACUAAUAUGGUAACUGAACUUAAAAAUGCUGAAUGUAGCCAUGCUAAACAAAUCAUGGAGUUUGAACACGACGAGCAAACUGCUAUUACUACCAAUGGAGUAGGAAGCAAAGCCAUUCGUAUCAUGCAGAGCCUCAAAGAGUAUGAGGGGAAGUGGCUACUUUUUGAUGAUUCUGAGGUGAAAGUUACAGAGGAAAAGGACUUUCUUAACUUUUUGUCCCCCGUUUCAUCGUCUACAUCCACUCCUUACUUGCUGUUUUAUAAAAAAAUUGUAGAAUGAAGUUGUAUUAUGUUGUAAAUAAUAGUUUUGCAUCAGAUUGGCACUGAAGAGCAGCUAAUGACAUAUUUGAGGCUACAGAAUUAAAUUCAUUGGUCUCUUUGACUCUAUAAAAAUGAGGUGUUUUUUUAAGUGGGUAAUUCACUUUAUAGAUUCUAUUCAAAAUCAGCCUAGCAGUGCAAACUUCUAUAUAUCCUUUUCAAUAAACAAUAUCUGAAGAGCACAGUAGUAUAUAACAGUGGUUCUGAUUUCAUCACUACUUGUAUAUUAGCUUUUUUAAAAAUAAAAUUAUUUGUACCCACA